AUGGUUUGCCCCAUUUGUCAUUGCCUGGGUGCCCCUUGUGUACCAUUUGCGGCAAAUCAAGAAGUUCCUGAAGUUUUCGAUGUUCUGCUUGAUGAGGACUGCUUUAGGAGGAUGUGGAUGUUUGGCCGACUGGAGAAGGACUUUGGAAGGAAGAAAUGUGAGCAGAAGAACUACAGAGAGGUCAGAACAGAUCUGAGGUUUGUUCCAGCGUCCAUGGCAGCGGUUGAGUCGUGCGAUGUCGAGGAAGGGAAAGGAAGGAAGAAGACCUAG